AUUUAACUCAAACAUGCAUGCAGUACAUAUAACCACUUAAUGACCGAUGGAGCGGCAAAGAACCCUAAUAGCCUCGCAAAGAACCACCAGCACCUUGUUCCGAUUCCCCAUGGGCUGCCACGUGGACUUGGAGAAUGCAGCGUCGCAUCUCCUAGCCUGAGCCGCCACCUCCGCCGCCUGUGACGCCAGCGCGCCGUACGACUUGUCG